AUUGUGUACAUGGGUGACCGACAAAAGGGAGAAUUCUCCGUUUCUUCUCUCCACACCAGCGUACUACAAGACGCCCUUGGCAGGGAUGCAUCAGAUUCUUUGGUUCAUAGCUACCACAAGAGCUUCAACGGAUUUGCAGCAAAGUUAACCAUGGAUGAGGUUCAAAAACUAGCUGGCAUGGAAGGAGUAGUAUCUGUGUUUCCUAGUCAGAAGAAACAACUCCACACUACAAGGUCAUGGGACUUCAUGGGUUUCUCCAAACACGUCAGCAGAACGACUGUCGAAAGCGACGUCAUCAUUGGAAUGCUUGAUACCGGAAUUUGGCCGGAAUCUGAAAGUUUCAGUGACGAAGGAUUUGGUCCACCACCUGAAAAGUGGAGAGGCACUUGCCAAGAGUCGUCCGAUUUUACCUGUAACAACAAAAUCAUCGGAGCUAGAUACUACCGGAGCGACGGCCAAUUCAGCAAAGAGGACGUCCAAUCUCCAAGAGACACAAACGGCCACGGGACCCACACUUCAUCGACGGCGGCCGGUGUUGUGGUCAGAAACGCCAACAUGUUGGGACUCGGCUCGGGCACGGCACGAGGAGGAGUUCCUUCCGCCAGAAUUGCCGUCUACAAAAUUUGUUGGUUUGACGGCUGUUUUGACGCAGACAUCCUCGCGGCCUUCGACGAUGCAAUCUCCGAUGGCGUCGAUAUCAUCUCCCUCUCGGUCGGCGGCUUCUCUCCGUUCGAUUACUUCAACGACUCCAUCGCCAUUGGAGCCUUCCAUGCAAUGAAGAAAGGCAUACUCACGUCCAACUCCGCCGGUAACUCUGGCCCCGGCCCUGCGACGAUCUCGAACUUCUCGCCUUGGUCGCUCUCCGUGGGUGCCAGCACUAUUGACAGGAAAUUCUUGACCAAAGUGAAGUUGGGCAAUGGUGACGAGUACGUGGGGGUCUCUGUUAACACCUUUGAGCUUGAAGAAAAAGAGUAUCCUUUUAUUUAUGGUGGAAAUGCCCCAAACACUACAGCAGGUUACACCGGAGAAGAAGCAAGGUACUGCUAUAACCCAGAUUCCUUGGACGAAACAAUGGUGAAAGGCAAAGUUGUUCUCUGCGAUUAUUCCGGCGGCAACGGGAGUGCAGCCUGCAUUUCCGGUGCGGCGGGUAUUAUAAUGCAAGAUGGAGAAAUCAAAGAUUACGCUCGCGUAUUUCCUAUACCAGCUUCUUCCUUUGAUUCCGAUGUGGGAAGUGAGAUUUCCCUUUAUUUAAACACAACUAGAGAGCCGACAGCGACUAUACUGAAGGGUACUGAGGUGAAGGAUGAAUCGGCACCGUUUGUAGUUUCAUUCUCAUCAAGGGGUCCGAACCCGAUCACAAGCGACAUUCUUAAGCCGGAUCUAACAGCACCAGGAGUGGACAUUUUAGCUGCAUGGACAGGAGCCACGAGUCCGACAAGAUUAGAAAAGGACAAGAGAAUAGUUCCAUACAAUAUAAUCUCCGGCACAUCCAUGUCUUGCCCACAUGCAACUGCAGCAGCUGCCUACGUCAAGUCGUUUAAUCCAACACGGUCCCCUGCUGCUAUUAAGUCCGCACUAAUGACCACAGCUUAUCCAAUGACUGAUGAGAUUAAUUACGAAGCCGAGUUUGCGUACGGAUCAGGUCACAUAAACCCUGAAAGAGCGAUAGAUCCUGGCUUGGUAUACGAUGCUGGAGAGAUUGACUACGUUGAAUUUUUGUGUGGACAAGGAUAUAGUACUAAGUCCCUUAGACUUGUGACUGGAGAUAAGAGCAGUUGUUCUAAGGUCCAAGAAAUAACUGCCCGUGACUUGAAUUACCCUUCUUUUGCGCUUUCCACAAGUUCAAAAAAAUUUGUCACCAAGAUCUUCCAUAGGACUGUCACAAAUGUCGGACCGCCGGACUCGACCUACAAGGCAAUUAUGAAAGCUCCCAAGGGACUGAAAAUCAAAGUCAAGCCAAGGACUCUUUCUUUUGAAUCCGUUGGGCAGCAAAAAACCUUUGUCCUGAAGGUUAGGGCAAAGGUGGAUGAAAAUCGAAGUAUGAUUUCUGGCUCUUUGGUUUGGGAUGAUGGAAAGCGGCAAGUGAGGAGUCCCGUAGUUGCUUACUAUAACUCCUCUUAA